GGGCCUCCUUAACAGCUGUCCUGCGGGUGUCGCCAGCUGCUCAGCCAGUUCCUGUCCCUUCUGGAGCCCGCGCCUGCCCCGCCUGACGCUCGCGGAGUCUGUCCUGCUGGGCCCCAAGUCCCCUACUGGCGGAAUGGAGUUCUCAGAGCUGAUCCGUACUGGCCGGGCCCAAGCACAGCUCCUGCGGGGCCCGGAGGCGCCCCCGCUGCGCGGCACGCUGUGCGUCACUGGCCACCACCUGCUGCUGUCUCCAGGGCCCCAGUCGACUCCAGACCUGUGGCUCCUGCUGUUGCGUAGUGUCGACUCUAUCGAGAAGAGGGUUGCGGGUGACUCGGGCACCAUCAUUCUGCGCUGUAAAGACCUGCGGGUGCUGCAGCUGGAAAUAGAGGGCGUAGAAGCGACGCUGGACAUCGCCCGCUCCAUCGAGGCUCUGUCCUCCCUGGAAUCGGUCAUCACGUCCUUUCCGUUCUUCUACCGUCCCAAGGGCCUGAGAUUGGGCGACGCCUGGCACUUCCUCCCGCCCGAACGCUACUACAAGCGAGUAGCUCGCGAGACCGACGCGUGGCGGCUCAGCGAGGUGAACGAGGACUUCAGCUUGUGCCCUAGUUACCCCCGAGCCGUGAUCGUGCCUCGCGCGGUGGACGACGAUGCCCUGGCGCGCAGCGCCCGCUUCCGCCAGGGAGGCCGCUUCCCUGUGCUCAGCUACCACCACGCUCCCAGCGGAACCGUUCUGUUACGCUCCAGCCAGCCUCUGACCGGUCCCCAAAAGCGGCGCUGUGCUGAGGAUGAGGAGCUGCUGCGAGCUGUGCUGGCGGGGGCUCGCCCUGGGGCCCGGGGCUUCAUCCUGGACACACGCUCGGCCCAGGCCGCAAAACAGGCCCGUAUGACUGGCGGUGGCACGGAGGCCAAGGCCGCUUACCCCCGCUGGAAAAGGCUGCACCGGCCCCUGGAGAGGGGGCGGCCCCUACAAGAGAGCUUCGUGCGCCUGGUGGAGGCCUGUGGGGACCCAGAGCAGAGCAUGGACCGCUGGCUGAGUCGGCUAGAGGGCUGCCGCUGGCUGGCACACGUGAAAGAAGCCCUGAGCACCGCCUGCCUGGCGGCCCAGGCCAUGGAGAGGGAAGGGGCCUGCAUCCUGGUGCAUGGGGCUGAAGGCACGGACAGCACCUUACUUGUGACUUCACUGGCCCAACUCAUCCUGGACCCCACGAGCCGGACCAUGGCUGGAUUCCAGGAACUGAUAGAGCGGGAGUGGAUCCAGGCCGGCCAUCCCUUCCAGCUGCGCUGUGCCCACUCGGCCUUCUCCCACGCCCGCCCCAAGCACGAGGCACCCACCUUUCUCCUCUUCCUGGACUGCGUGUGGCAGCUGGGCCGCCAGUUCCCGCUGUCACUGGAGUUUGGGGAGGGGCUGCUGUUGGCACUGUUUGAGCACGCCUAUGCCUCCCCCUUUGGCACCUUCCUCUGCAACAGCGAAAAGGAGAGAUGCCUGUGUGAAGUGAGGACUCGAACACACUCCCUGUGGUCUGGGCUCAACCAGCCUAAGGAGCAACGAAAACUCCAGAACCCACUUUAUGUCCUCAAUCCCUUGGCCAUCUGGCCCUCUGUGGAGCCCCAGAGCCUGCGGCUGUGGCAAGGCCUGUUUCUGCGCUGGACGCAUCCACCUGAGCCGGCAGAGGUAGCAUGGGAGAAGGUGUGGCAAAUAGUGACAGGAAGGGAGGAGACAGAAGGCUCGCAGCCAACAGCUUCAGCCUGAGCCCCAACCCUAGGACUGGCUCCUUAGACAAUGGAUGAAACGUUCCUGAAACCUCUCUAGGCCCCUGGGGACCUUUAAACCUUGGACAAGGGUACCUGCAACCCACGCUAGCCCAUAAUACUCAAGUUCCAAGUUUGAAGUGUCCCAAGUAUAGGGAGGUCUAAAUAAUAAAGGUAUUCAUGAUUAGCAUCAACCUACUGGGGUGUCAGUAAGAAGGAAAAAUCAUGAGACAGACCCCACAAAAUAUCUGACCAGAAACUAUUUAUUACCAAAUCAAUUUAUUUCUCAGAGUCCAAAACUUUCUCCAGCAGCCUCCCUGGCCUGGAUGGAGGUCCAGCUUCUUAAGCCUCAAACUCAAACUCAAAAUACUGUGGGUCGAAGUAGUGGAUGCGAACGUAACCAUCUUCUCCUCCGCUGCUAUAGCUGGAAAAAGACAGCCAGGGACAAGUCAGGUGCUGCCCUGGGAAAGGGAUGCCUGAGGGACAGGGCGGGAGGAAGGCAGAGACCAGCCCAGUUAGCUCAGCUCGCUUCACGGGGGCCCUACCUCUUGCCAUCAGGAUGGAAGGCCACACUGUUGAUAGGGCCAAAGUGACCCUUCACUCUUCCAAACUCUUCUUCAAAGGCCAAGUGGAAGAACCUAGAGGAGAGGGGAGAGCAGGCACAUGAUUAAUUCACUAUGCACCUUCCAGAACACUCUGGGGGCAGCACCCCUCAAAGGCAAACUAUGAGACAAAAAAUAAAGCAGCAGAACUAUGAAUAAUGUAAGAUGAAGUCAGGGGAAGACUGGACCCAAACAUCUGCCUGAAUACAUAGCUAACACUUACUGAGUGCCUACUAUGUGCUGGGUAGAGCUCUACGAGCUUAACAAGUAUUAACUCAUUUAAUAUGCACGAUUUUAGAAGUAUCUUAUCACUGCUCCAUUAUACAGCAGAGAAAACAUGAGGACAGAGAAAUACAAUGAUAUGUGUAGGUCCUCAGAGUUCAUGGCCUUAACUGCUAUAUUACCCACUGAUCACGGGAAGGCCACGAAUUUGGCUACACUUCCUCGUAGCUAAUAUGGUUCAUGCUCAUUAUGAAAGACACGCUGUGAGGUUUCAGUUUGGAAGCGCUCUCUGCCCCUUUACCUGGCCUCAAACUUGCCAAUCCUGGUGGAGGUUGUGGUUACAUCCAUGGCUUCCUGACCGCCACCCAGCACCACCUGAAGGGGAAAAGAAACUCUAGAUGGACCAUUUUGUUUCUCCCACCUGCCCUAUACAUUUUUAACAUCUCCCACAUAACAAUGGGAGGAUGCCAAAGGCAAGGGAUGAACAGACACCUCAGCCACCUCCUGGCCAGUUCCCUGGGGCUACCCAAUCAUUCAGCCUUGUCACUGGGCUAGAAGUCUCCUCUCUGCCUGACACCAAUUCUCCAUCAUGUUCAUACUUUAAUUGCCCGAAAAACAUCUAGGUCCCUUACAUGGUCAUAGUUGGGGGAGAGGGCAGCUGAGUUGACGGGACGUUCUGUCCGGAAAGUCUUUUGAUGUUCGAGGGUUGUUGAGUCAAAGAGCUGGAGAGAGAAGGCAGGAGAGAAAUCUAUAAGUGGAGCCUUCUUGAGGGAAGUCAGGCAGGUUGGAUGUAUGCAGCAGGAGGGUAGGAGCAGCCCCACAAGACCCCUUGCCCAGGCUCACCUUGGCUGUGUUGUCCUUGGAUGCGGUGACAAACAUGGUCAUGUCCCUGGAUAACUGGAUGUCAUUGAUCUGCCGGGAGUGCUCCUUAACAUUCACCAAUACCUCUCCAGACUGGGGAAGGAGGAAGAGUGACACUCUGGGCAGCUCCAACCCCUGCUACUCCCACUGCUCCCCAGAAACCCAAGCACCCAAAUCAGAAAUCCGAGACACCCUGGACUUUACCCUCUCCUCACCCCCCUAACUAAUCAGCCACCCCUGAACAUCUCUUGACUCUGUCCAGUAUUCCACAUCCCGUGCCUAUUGGCUAGUUCAGCUCCAUUCUCCAAACCACAGCCUGCAAAGCCUUCUCAAGAAAAAAUCUGAUCAUCAAUUACCCUUUAAAGACUCCCUCUUGCCUGCAGGAAAAUCAGAACUCCUUACCUCCUGACAUAUAAAUAAAAUCCUCUAAUAAAAUCUA